GGUCCCCUUUGGUAGUUAGGUUUAGUUGUAACUUGCAACGGUGCCCAUCCCCCAAAAUUUCUAUAAAUCCCCCCUUCACCUUCUCCCCUUUUCCUCACUCAGCUGCCUUGCACUCAUCUCCUACCUCUCUUUUUCACUCUUCCAAUCUUCUUCCUCUUCAUGAAAAUGGCUUUUGCUAAGGUCUUUCUGUUGGGGUUUCUUGCGAUGGUCUCUGGUGUUCAGGGAUAUGGUGGUGGUUGGACUAAUGCACAUGCAACCUUUUAUGGUGGGAGUGAUGCUUCAGGAACAAUGGGUGGGGCUUGUGGUUAUGGAAACCUGUAUAGCCAGGGUUAUGGGACAAAUACUGCAGCUUUGAGCACUGCUUUGUUCAACAAUGGGCUGAGCUGUGGAUCUUGCUAUGAGAUUAAGUGUAUGGAUGAUGGAAAGUGGUGCCUGCCUGGUUCCAUUGUGGUCACAGCCACCAAUUUCUGCCCUCCAAACAAUGCUCUCCCUAAUAAUGCAGGGGGCUGGUGCAACCCUCCUCUGCAACACUUUGACCUUUCUCAGCCUGUUUUCCAGCAUAUUGCUCAAUACAGAGCUGGAAUUGUGCCUGUUGCUUACAGAAGGGUACCAUGCAGAAGAAAGGGAGGAAUCAGGUUCACCAUUAAUGGCCACUCCUACUUCAACCUAGUUCUUAUCACCAACGUUGGCGGUGCUGGUGAUGUACAUGCGGUGGCCAUCAAGGGCUCCAGGACUGGUUGGCAGCCCAUGUCUAGGAACUGGGGCCAGAACUGGCAGAGCAACACCUACCUCAACGGACAAAGCCUCUCAUUUAAGGUCACAACAAGCGACGGCCGUACUGUGGUUUCCAGCAAUAUUGCCCCAGCUGGGUGGUCCUUUGGGCAGACCUUCACUGGCCGCCAAUUCCGCUAGAGGAACACAUUAUUAUCUUAGGCUUUUUAAGUUUUAAUUAAUAAUUACUAUAUAAAUAUACCAGGCAUCCAAAGUAGUAUUUAACUAGCUUGACUUUUAGUAUAGCUAGCAUAUUAUAUAUCUAUAGGGCCCUGUAGUGGGACUUUCGGGUCACUCAAAAAUGUGACCAUUUAUCAUUUUGGGUUUUUAGUUUUAUUAUGGGGUAGGUGCCCUAAUUAAGUUCCCUUUUUUUUUAAAAAAAAAAAGUAUUAAGGGUCACUUUUCCUUCUGUUGUUUGUUAAAACAGGAGGAGAUGGCAGAGGUGGGACUUUUACCACCCGCCAGCAGUGUUAACCUAGUAGGUCCUUUGGUUUUUUUUUUUUUCUCCUCCGUUUGGGAUGUUGAGAAGCAUUGUUUUUGCUUGUAAGCUCAAUUCAUCAGCUUUUGCUGGGUGAUUAUCUCCUUGGAUUUUAUCAUAUAUGUAUGAGAGUAAUUUGUAAAUUUUGCAAUGCAAAA